UGCACAACCACAGUGGUCCGGUCCUUCUUAUAGGCUAUUUAUAAUCAUGGUGCUCGGAACUUGGUUUUCAAAGAGAGAGAGAGAGAGAGAGAGAUGGGCAAGAUGAUAGAAGGAAUCCUUCACAUGGUCGGAGGAGCUGGGGAAACCAGCUACGCCUCCAAUUCAAAGUUUCCGGAGAAGGUACUUCACAUGGCGAAGCCAAUACUGGAGGAGGCAAUAGGAAGGGUUUACACGUCGCUGCUCCCCGAGAGGAUGGCGGUGGUCGACUUAGGUUGUUCCUCGGGCUCUACCACUUUGGAGGUGGUCUCCGAGGUGCUCGACGUGAUUGGCAAGCUACGGCGGAGCCUGGGACGCCAGGAGAUGCCGGAGAUCCUGUUCUUCUUGAAUGACCUCCCGGGGAAUGACUUCAAUCACGUCUUCCGGUCUCUGGGAGAUUACAAGAGGAAGGUCGAGGAGGAGAAGGGGAAUCUGCUGGUGCCAUACUACGUCGUGGGAGUUCCAGGCUCCUUCUACGGCAGGCUUUUCCCUAGUCAAAGUGUCCACUUCUUCAACGCUUCCAGCUGUCUCAACUGGCUCUCUCAGGUUCCUGAAGGUGAACAGGGAGUUCUACUCAACAAUAAGAACAUCUAUGUUGCAGAGACAAGCCCACUGGAAGUUGUGAAAGCAUAUCAAGACCAACGCCAAAGAGACUUGUCAGAGUUCCUUCGGUGCCGUCAUGCAGAACUAAGCUACGGAGCAAGAAUGGUAUUGUCAUUUGUAGGAAGGAAACGGAGUUAUCCACCCUGGGGAGACAUGGGAUACCUUUUCGGCCUGUUAGCCGAAGCCCUGAGUGCUUUGGUGUCACAGAAGAAGAAGAAGAAGAAGAAGAAGGAGGAGGAGGAGGAGGAGGCUGACGGCGAUGCUGCUGCUGCUGCUGCUUGGUGAAUCUGCAAUGCCAUGGGAGCAACAGUUGUGACUCAAUUACUUUUUAUCAGCAUGUGUUCAACUCUUUCCAAUAGACGUUAUAAUUGAGCUUAUGUAAAUCCAUAAUAUUCUUCGUGAGAUAGACUGCAUUAUUAUUUUAUGAAAAUAAAAUCAAAUCGUGUGACUAUCUUUAACA